AUGUCGGGCGUCCAGCGCCUCAACUUUGCGUCCUUUUUAGCUAAGCUGGCGUCAGUCCGUAUUAGCAAGGAUGGAUUGUGCCAGAUUGCCCUCGUCCUAUUCCGCUCUACUUUUGAGGAUGGACGAGACCUUCGCACCACAGAGAAGCCGGAUGAUGAAGAUACACAUCGAAGCAUCUCGAGUCUUGACAUUGCACAAUUAUUGCCAGCUGCCUGUUCGUGGAUCAAGGAGGCCAGUCACAAUCUCAUUCAACUCUCGGAUGUCUCAUGGAAUGAUUGCCCAAGCACGAUUGGCCAGGGUGGCCGGAUGUUCAUCGAAUCAGAGCUCGGGAAGCGAUCACCAACGGGAUUUACACCAUGGAGAUGGAUAUACUGGCUUAAGCGUCUCCACGAAAUUCAGGAGGAGGCAAAAGAAGCUAACGAGAAACGCCUGGAGGAGUAUGCCACCGAUGCCAUUGACCUCAUGGUCAGUAACGUGAAGGAACGGAACUCUGAAAUUCUAAGGGCUUACCAAAAUGGCGGGGAUAUCUUGCAUGAGGAUAAACAUUUGAUAUGCCUGAAGAGAGAAAGCCUGAUGAAGAAUAUUAAUGUCAAUAAACUCUCUCUCUCCCUCUCUCGUAUUUUUCAGCUCUCAAAUCUAAAGUCGCCCUCUUUGCCAAAUGAUCGCUGA